AUGGCCGCAGGAGAUUCAUUACGUUAUCGUGCACGCACGAUGCUGGAUCUUUCCAAUACAACAGGGCCUCCGGAAACUUAUGGCACAAGAACUAUGACACUUCACCCGGAAGAACUUGAAGAGGUACAAAGUUCAGGAGAGGAAACAAGUAACUCUCCACAAACUAUUGGAACUUUGAAACUACGUGGUGGAGGACUUUCAGGGGAUAGAAAAGUAAAAUGGGAUGAAAACGUUGUUGAUAAUGAAGGAAUGGGAAAGAAAAAAUCAAAAGAUGAAGACUCGAGCAGUUGUUCUGAUGAUUCCGAUCAUGAUAAUGAAGGUGAAAAUAGUCAUCAUAACCAUAAUCACCAUAGAAAGAAACGGACUGGUAGUCCAAAUGCUUAUGAACGGCAACCACAUUAUAAAGGUAUGGAUUAA